CAAAAUGACAUUGAAAAUUGCAGUCAUUUUGUUCAUGGUGAUUUUAACCAAAGUUAACACUGAAACUGAAGAAAAUUCAGCAGCUGAGAAGCGUCUGCUGUUAGAUGACCCCCAGACAGUAACUGCCCAGAUGUUAUCCCUACAAAGGGAGAUCCAGACCCUCCAAACCAAAAUAGCAGAAAUCGAUGUCCACCAAUCCCAAAUUCAGCUCAUGAAUGCACAGAUUUCCCAGCUCCAGCAAGAAAAUGCUGCCUUGAAGCUCCAGAUAUCCCAGGGAACCUCCACUCAGCAUGUUCAGACCCUUACCAACAAAGUGACCUCACUAGAAGCCAAUCUGACAAUUAUGUCUCAUGAUUUACCUCUGCUGAGAACCCAAGUGAAUGCCAUGGUGGCUGACAACCAUAAUACGGAACAGCAUUCAGGUUCAACAUAUUUUCCCAUUUGGGGAAGAAAAUCAUGUCCAGCCAUAAAUGGAACAAAAAUUCUUUACACAGGAAUUACAGCAGGAAAAUACUACAGCAGUUCGGGCUCUGGAACUAAUACUUUAUGUGUCCCCCAUAAUCCUGACUCUCUCUCAUCUGACUUCCCAACAACAACCUAUUCCAGCUAUAAUGCAGAACUUUUUGGGGCUGAAUAUCAGUUCACAUACAAGAAUGUGGCUGUUGAUGAUGAUGUUCCCUGUGCUAUCUGCCAAGUGAAAUCUGCAACUGCAACCAUGAUGGUACCUGCCAAACUUUCAUGCCCAAAAGAAUGGACACUUCAGUAUCAUGGGUAUCUAAGUUCCAAUUAUUAUGGCGGUAAAGGUACUGAGUAUAUUUGUGUUGACAGUGAACCUGAAUAUUUUGAAGGAUUACGACAAGUCAACAAUGAUGGGCUAGAUUUGUAUCCUGUGCAUGCCCGAUGUGGAUCCUUACCCUGCCCACCAUACAAAGAAGGUCAAGAAGUUGCAUGCGCCAUCUGCACAAUAUGA